CUUUUGUUUACACGCGGUUACCAUCCUAUCGUUCAGUGCGUAAUUUCGUGAUCCAGCGUCCAAAAAAAAUCUUUUCCCGUGAUAAUAAUGAUCUCCCGACUAUCAGCAACUAGAAUCCCGUUCAAACGAAACCUUCGCCACGAAACCGUCCGGCGAACGUUGGCAUCCACUUCGUCAGCAACGCCGAAAGAACGCAAAAAGAAACCACCAAGCUCAUCCAGUCCUUCACAAGAUGAACCAACAAAAAACGUUGCUUCCGCACGCCUCGCCCGGGACCUGGAGGAAUACUUCGAACCACGCCAGUAUCGAAAAAUCGUCGAUCUAUUUCCACCGGUUUUGUUCAAACGUUCCCAAACCACCGAACGGUUCUACCUGGCUUCACCGGAACGAGCGAAGACCAUCAGCCAGUACGUCACGGAGGGACUUUCACCGGAGACGCGUCUGGUGGAAAUCAACCCCGGACCGGGCCUGUUGACGAAAGAACUUCUGCGGAAAACCGAUAACCUGCUGCUGUACGAAUCCGACGAACGAUUCGAGCCGGAACUGAACAAGCUGGUCAUUCCGAACAAAAAGAUGGAACUGAGGUUUGCGGAUUUCAACGGACACUGGAGACAGAGCUACAUGGACAGCAUGGACCAGGGGAGCAGGUUGGAGAAGAUGCUCCGGGAUUUACCCAAUCACCGACGGUGGAGGGACGAGGAGGUGAAUUUUCGGCUCUUUUCCGUCGUGGGAUCGCUGAGGUUCUUCAAAACGCUUAUUAACUCGGUGUCCAUCCAGAAGGGGCUGCUCGGUACGGGACGGUGCGAGAUGAUUCUGGCCGUUCCGCCGUUGUUCUACGUGCAUCUCACCUGCAGCAAUGAUGCCGGCUACAAGUUAUACCGCUGCAGUAGCGUUCUGUUUCAGAUAUUUUUCGAGCAUGAGUUUAUAGCAAAAAUUCCUCGAAGGGAUUUCCUCCCGUGGCCAACGAAUCCCAGCCAGCGAAGGAACCAAACCCAAUACCACCGGCUGGGGCUGGUUGGAUCGGAUGAGCUGUACCUGAUGCGGGUUGUUCCCCGGAGGGAUCUGUUCGAUUUCUGCCUGCCGGAUAAUCUGAAACUGCUGACGUUCUUCAUUUCGCAGAACAUGGUCAGUAGGAAAAAUCGGGUCAUUCCCGCUUUGGAACGAUGGAUCCCCUUCUGCGGCGCCCGGUUGAUCCUAAACCAGAAUUAUGUAACGGCACCGAUUCCGAAAAAUCCUUCCCGGAAAAAGAAGUCCAAAGACUCGAUAAUAUUUCACCGUUCGUCUUUGCCCUUGCGGGAAAAUGACUUUCCCGAGCGGAUGACAAUCUUUACGGAGUUUGGCGAGCUGACUCCCUCGCAGAUUCUGACCGUGUUCAAUGAAUUCGUCAGCUGGCCCGAAUUUCGGCAGUCGCCGUUCCUGCAGACGAUGGAGCAGCACUACAGCAAGCAGGCCUACGGUCGGCUUGACCCAUUAUCGGCGGCGGUGGUGCCGACGGCGGCCGAUGACUUGACGACGGCGGUGGCUGCUGGUGGCGACGAGGAUGUGAUUGAAGAUGAUGUAGAGCCACCAUUGCUGGGGGCGACCGACGGAACGGACCGGACGGUUGUGACCCGGGGGAAUCGGUCGUAAGAAGGUUAGUGCUUUGCUUAGUAUCUAGUUGAUUUGGCUGUAUAAAGUUUAAUAGUUUAAUUUUCUUCAUCGUUAACGAGUUUGUUCGAGAGAAAUUCCUUGAAGGUGAAUCUGCCCUGUGCGGCAUAACAGCCCAAUUGGCGUUUUUAUCGAAACUGAGUUAUACAUUGGAACCGAUUGUCAAGUAC